AUGUCACCUCCCAAGCAAGUAGUCAUAGUCGGUGGCUCCAUUGCGGGCUUGCUACAAGGCCUUCAACUCAAGCGUCUAGGCAGUGAAGUCGUCAUGCUGGAGCAAGACCCAAGCAAGGAACGGCAUAACCACGAAUCUGGAAUAACUAUUGGCCCGAGCGUUGUCGCCCUGCUGGACAAAUAUGAUGCUGCCGGUCGACCAGUAGCCAUCCCAGGAGACUUCUUAAGUGCUUCCUGGCGAAAGCACCUUUGGGUGAUCAAUAGGCCGUGGCAUUCAGAGAUGAGCAACUGGGGCUGCCUCUACAACGUACUUCGCGCCAACUUUGACGGCAUGGUCUCAGCAGCGGUGCCGGUUGCGCCCGCUCCGAGAAAGGGUGAUGGCAAGGUCGAGUAUCGCUCCGGCCAGCGGGUGAGGGGCAUAUUCGAUGACGCGGACAAGCGCAGAGUCACCGUGGAGUUCACAGACGUGACCACCGGUGUGAAGGGGAAGCUGACCGCAGACCUCGUUCUUGGCGCGGACGGCGCACACUCCACCGUCCGAAGUCUGAUGGGUGCCAGGGAAGGGAGGGACUACGCUGGGUACAUUGCCUGGCGAGGAACUGUCCCGGAGCGCCUGCUGUCAAAGGAGGCUGCUGAGUUCUUCUCCAACCGGCUGAACUUCUGUCUGCUCAGAGGGACUUAUCUUAUAAGCUACCGCAUACCUACUGAGGAAGGCAAUCUGGAGCCAGGCAAGCGUCUCAUCAACUGGGUCUGGUACUUCAAGGUACAAGAUAACACACCCGACAUGGCCAAGAUCUUCACCGAUGUGAAUGGUGUAGUCCAUCACAACACGGUACCCCAGGGCCUAGUAAGUCCCAAGAUCUGGGCCGAUCAGAAGGCGCGAUACUUUGAUCAGUUCAUUGAACCUCUCGCCGAGGUUGUGUCCAAGACGCAGACACCGUUCGUCACCAAAGUAGGAGAUGCUGAGUGCCGUGCGGCUAGCUUUUACGACGGCCGAGUCAUCCUAGUAGGGGACGCCUUCGCCGCCCACAGCUCGCACAUGGGCAUGGCUUCCGAGCAGGCCGCAAGACACUGCUGGCAAAUGGACAGAGUAUGGCGUGGAGACAUCACACAGGAGCAGCGCGACCGGGAAGCGACGUUUUAUGCCAAGAGAUACUUGUUGAUUAACAGAAUGAUUGGUCUGGGCGGCAUGGAAUGGUUCCUCACGUUGCUUUGGACAGUCUUCGCUUAUGCGUGGCUCAUGUUCCUGCACCAAAUAGGUCGUGUCUAA